AGCAGUUCCAGUUCCUGGCUCACCCAUGUCGGGUGCAGGUAGCUCGAGGUCCCCCGGGUCGGCUGCCACUCCCGAUUCUGCCACCCUCUUCCAGUACUCCCCACUCCUCUUUUCCACCCCCGCUUUCAAUGAAGAGAACCCCGAGGACCCUGCGAGUGCCAGCGUCAGCGAAUGUGAGGGAGGAACAGAAAAUUCAUCCCAACUGAUGGCUGCAUUGGGAAAACCUCCAGCAAGUGGAACAUCUAGGGACCUCUCACCUUCAGGAAGAGGUAAUGAGUUUGUACAGUUGGAAGCAGUCCAGAAGGAAGACAAAGAUGAUUUUCAAGAGCCUGAAGUCAGCGAGAAAAGUACAAUUAAAACUGAAACUCUCAAAAAAGAAGUUGGAAAAAAGCUCCAUAGGAUUCUAGACUGCACUGCUUGUGGACAACAGGUGAACUGCUUUCAGAAGGAUUCAGUAUAUAGACAUCCUGCACUGAAUGUCCUUAUUUGUAAGAACUGCUAUGAAUAUUAUAUCAGUGGUGACAUAAGCCGUGAUUCUAGAGGAAUUGAUGAGCAGUGCAGAUGGUGUGCAAAAGGUGGAAGCUUAAUUUGUUGUGACUCUUGCUAUAAGGCUUUUUGCAACAAAUGCAUUUGGCGCAAUCUAGGGCAAAAGGAGAUAUCAAAAAUAAUGGAUGAAAACAACCAGUGGAAUUGCUAUAUUUGCCACCCUGAGCCUUUGUUAGAUUUGAUUACCGUUUGUGACAGUGUGUUUGAGAAGUUCUCAUGCUUGAUGCAACAGAAUAAAACGAUGCUACAGUUUGCAAGUGAAGAGAGUGGUAAGACAUAUAACUGUUCACAGAAAUUCCACUCCUCCAUUAAAGGUAGAAGUAAUGCUGAAAAGAAACUUCGCUCAGUUGAUUCUUACUCAGACUCUAUAACAUAUUCUUUUUCAUCAUUAAAGAUUCCAGAUGACUUGAUUAAAAAGACAAAAAAACUUGUUGAGAACACUACAAAGAUGAAUGCUAGUGUUACAGAAUUUUUGGAACAAACAAUCAGUAAUCCAACAGUUGCCUCAGGUAUGAAGUUAAGUCAGUUGAAAGCUAUUAGAUCUGUGAUUGUUGGCAUAAGUAAGGCUCAUAAGGCAUUAGAAAAAUUAAUGGGCAAGGAGAUAAGUAACUUGGUUGUUAGAAACAAGGAAGAAAAUAUUAGAAAAAGAAAAAAUGAGAAUGUUAAAAAAGAUGCUAAACUUAAAAAUGUAAAUGUAAAAUCCAAAGUAAAAAAUAAAGUGGCUAUGAAGACAAAGUUUUCACAUGACAAAACUGAUACAGAAAUGGUUCGAAGAGCAAUAAAUCGUGAAACAAGGAAGUGUAAUACAAAUGAAGAACUACAGUAUGAACCUGCCUGUACUUCUAAAUCUGUAGAUAUAGAAGUUGUAUCUAUUCAUUCUUCAGGAUCUGAAGAUAAUUUUGAGAAUCUAGAAACUUGUGUCAGUACCAAGGAUGCUGAAUGUACUGAAUCAAAUACAGACAAUUGCCCUUUAAAAACAGAUGAAUCUUCAAAAGUUGGCAAAAGAGAAUCUGAGUUAGAGACAUUAACCAGAAUAACAAGGAAAUUAUGUGUUGCUCUUUCUCCUAUUUCCAUAUCGGAUUCCUCAUCAAAAGAUACUGUAAAUCAAGAGAAGACAGAAGAGGAAUAUCACCAGGAGGCCAGUAUCACAGGAAAUAUUGAAGUCAUCAAGGAAAAGAUUACCAUUACUGAUAAUGACACUAUGUUAUUUGGGGAAGAAACUGACCUCCAAAGAUCACGACAGAUAAAAACAAUACCUUUUAUUGAACAAAUAGAAAAGGAGUUUGUUACAUCCAGUUCAGAAGAAGAAAGUGAUGAAAAGUGUAUAGCAAAAUCAUCAGGGCAGUGGAAAAAAAAAGAUAGCCAAAGUUUUUUGCCUCAUGCUGAAGAAAACGUCCAGUUGAUUUCCAAAGAAUACACUAUAAUGAUUCAUAGUUCAGAUUCAGAUGAAAGAUCAGUUAUGUGCAAGGAGUCAGCCAAAGUGAAUAAGAGUUCUUCAGAGUCUGAUACUGAUUUCAGCUUCAGCCGUAUUAGAAGGAAAGUUAUAUAUAGGCCAAAGAGUCACAUGUUUAAACAGGAUAAAGCAAAACCAAAAAGAGAAGAUUCCACUUCUGAUUCAGGUACUGAUGCUAAAAAAACCUCUAAGUUUUCCAUUGCAAAAAAUGCCAAGAAACAGCAGUUUGUAAAGUAUUUGUUCUCUUCUUCAUCUGACAAUGAUGAGUCUGCCAUAACUGUCAGGGAAAAUGCUGAUGCAGCAAAUACUGGAUAUUUUCAGUCAUCAGAGAUUUUUGGAAAAAGCCGUUUGGAAUUUGAUUCAGACUCUGAGGAAACUAAGAAACUUAAAUACAGAUGCAGGUUGUUUACAUACGAUAGAGAUACAAGUGAUGGAGAAUCUGUAGAAGAAACAAAUGAAAGCAAACACAGUAACAAGAGGAAAGUGAGCCCUGGCGAUUCAAUUCAUUCUGACUUUCAAGGACAUGAGGUUACUGAAGACAUCACUGAAUCUGAAGAUGAUCAACAGCCAAGGUCAGCAAAAAUCAUAGAGGUAGAGGAUAAUCAAAAAAGUUAUAAACAGAAGAAGAAAAGGAAAUACAUUCAAUUACAGGAGGAUUCAUCCAGUGAAAAUAAUAUGAAGAAAGAUUGCACAGCAUUAACAAAGGUUUUACCACCAAAAUAUGAGUAUGUAUUAGCAGUUCGAAUGACUUCUCUUCAGUGCAAGCUUUACCAGUGCUAUUUGGAUCACAUAACAGGCACAGGAAGUACUAGCGAAGGGGAAAGAAGAAAACUCUUCCAGGACCUUGAAAUGUUAAGCAGAAUUUGGACUCAUCCAUGGUGCUUAAAGCUGGACUAUAUUGGCAAAGAAAAAAAGGGAUAUUUUGAUGACUGCAGCAUGGAAGAAUUCAUUCCAGCAGAUUCUGAUGAAACCUCAGGGAGUUUAAGUUCAGAUGAUUUUCCUAAGAAGAAAAAGUUCAAAGGGAAGAAAAAUAUUAGUUCAAGUGGAAGUGAUGAUGUCAAAGUAAUUGAAGUACGGCACUCAAGAUACAGAAGGGGUGGUAAAGGAAAUGAGUAUAAGCUGGCCAGCAAUUCAUCAGUUACCCUAAGACAGGAAGAAAAAAGAGCAACAUAUCCAGGCAGCCUUUCUGCAGACUGGUACAAAGAUUUUAUUACAGAUUCUGAUGCUAAAGUGUUGGAACAUUCUGGAAAAAUGGUACUUCUCUUGGAAAUCCUUAAAAUGUCAGAGGAACUUGGGGAUAAAGUGCUGGUGUUUAGCCAAGCUCUCAUAUCUUUGGACUUGAUUGAAUACUUCCUUGAAUUGGGGAAUAAGGAAUUGUCAGGUGAUGAAAACAAUUCUCAGAUUUAUAAAGGUGAAGGAAAGUGGUUUCGAAACAUUGAUUAUUAUCGUUUGGAUGGUUCUACAACUGUAAAGUCAAGAAAGAAAUGGGCCAGAGAGUUUAAUGAUAAAACUAAUCUGAGGGGCCGACUAUUUAUUAUUUCUACCAAAACAGAGUCUCUUGGAAUAAAACUGGUAGCUGCUAAUCGAAUCAUCAUCUUUGAUGGCUCUUGGAAUCCGUCCUAUGCUAUUCAAAGUAUAUCCAGGGUUUAUUGCUUUGGUCAAAAUAAACCUGUCUAUGUAUACAGGUUUUUAGCUCAGGGAACCAUGGAAGAUAAGCUCUAUGAAUAUCAAGUCAGAAAGCAAUCACUCUUUUUCCCAGUCUUUGAUCAACAGCAAAUUGAACGCCAUUUUACUGUGAAGGAACUGACUGAGCUUUAUACAUUUGAGCCAGACUUACUAGAUGAUCCUAAUUCAGAAAAGGAAGAAAAGAGGGACACUUCUAUGCUUCCAAAGGACACAAUUCUUGCAGAAUUGCUUCAAGUACAUAAAGAAUACAUUGUAGGAUAUCAUGAACAUGAUUCUCUUUUGGACCAUGAAGAAGAAGAACUGAGUGUGGAGGAGAGAGAAGCAGCAUGGAGAAAAUUUGAAGCAGAAAAAAAGGACCUGACCAUGCAUAUCACUUUGCCCUCUGAGCCUCUAUUUUUUCCUGCUGAUAUGGUAGUAACGUCAUCAUCAGAUGGCUGUCAACAGUUGGAAACACAUGAAUAGAAGGCCUCAGCAAUAAUUGAUUCAAGAAAUGUUAAAUCAACAAGAAGCUUCAUCACCACCUUGUGACGCCAGAGCCUCCAUAUCUAGUCAAAAAUCCCUCCACUUGCCAGGAUAUUGAUAUCAGCCAGGCGCUAGUGUUGUGAAACCACCAUUCAUAAGAAGCAAGAAUCCAAGACCUUCCCAAAGGAAAUGAGUAUGAUUUUGCCCUAAAAUAUUGAAUGCAUUGGAAAAUGGACCAUUUGUUUUAAGAAUCACUAGCUUAAGAGAAAUCAGAUAUAUGAAUACUUCCUUCCUUAUUAGAUUUUCCUUAAUUAAUUUUAUUUUGAGAUUUGAUUAAUAUUGACCACAUUUUUAUUAUAUACACUAAAUCCAGAAGAGAUUUCAAAAUACUUUCAUUGAAAACUUAUUCAAGAAUAACAACAUAGGAUUCAUAUAAUUUUUCUCUAAAAUUUCAUUACUUGUUUAUAUCUGCUAUAAAAUCAACCUGAAAAUAAUCAAAUUAGUAAAAAAUUAUGCUUCUCUAUUUCUGUUUGUCACAUUCUAAUAUAAGGUGUCAGAGUUGGUCCUUUGUUAGGAGAUAAUUUUGUUUUCUAAUAUUUCUUGAAAUUAAAAAGAAAGAAAUAAUCUCAUACUGAUUUACCCCAAAUUAUAGCUUUGUGCUUUGCUAUGUUACAUACAUAGAUGAGAAAUUUAGGAAUGAGUAAUCUUCUUGAGAUAUUUUGCAGUUUUCUUUCAUAAACACAUUUAACUUAGAUUUUAAUAGUUUCCUCUAUGUUAAUUUAUUCUUUUAUUCCUUAUAUUUUAAAUCUUAUUGCUGGCACCGUACCAAAUACAACUCUUAGGGUAUUCAAGGAAUCAGGACCAUAUAUAUGCAGAGCACAUUUGGGAUUCAGAGUAAAAUACAGGUCAUGGACUGUUUGGUAGUCUGAGGAAUUCAUUGUGAUUUGGGGUUUAUUUGUAUAUAUCUUUGCUUCAUUAUGGUCAGACUGAAAAGAUGUAAUCUUGAAAAGCCUAAGAGAAGAUUGGACACAGAGAUCUCUCAUUAUUUUCUGAGCCCCAAUAUUAUGGCAAGCCGCCCAAUUAACUCUCCCCAUGUUAAAUUUGGCCCUUACAGAAAACAGAAAAGUUUGAGCAGAUAUGGAUUAGUUUGCAGUUUUACGAAGGAAGGAUUGUAUAUUGGAAAAUGGAAGUCAAAUAAUCUGGGUGAUGCUGGCAAAAAACCUAACCUUUCUUAUCUCUAAAAUGGGGGGGAUUGCACUCUGGUCUCAAAGGUUGAAAUUUCUGAUCCUGUGUUGUAGGAUUUGAAAGUUGAUGAUAAAGUAUUUUAAACAAGGUUUUUUGGUUGGUUGGUUAGUUCGUUGGUUGGUUACUAUUUCUCAUCUUCUACUACUCCCCUCCAAAAUAUUUAAUUUAGAAUAUUAGUACUAAAAUUUGUUCUUUGGAAUAUUUUUCAUAAAGACCUCUUAAAUUUUUUAAUUUUCUUUUUGCUUUUUUUGGUUAAUGAACUUAAGAUUAUUAGUAUAUAUAAAUAGACUCAACAGAAAAGAAAAUAAAUUUGGAACAAUUAGAAGGUCCUAUUGAAAUGAGUUUUCACAGUUUUAGCUUUUUUAAGGUUUAGGUUGAUAGGUAUUUUUUUUAAAGUAAUGAUAGUUAUUCAUGGGAGUCAGGAUGUUUGAGGAUAUUUCCUGAUUCUUAUUUAUUUAUUUAUUUAUUUGUUUGUUUGUUUGUUUGUUUGUUGUUGGGCAAUGAGGGUUAAGUGACUUGCCCAAGGUCACAUAGCUAGUAAGUGUCAAGUAUCUGAAGCCGAAUUUGAACUCAGGUCCUCCUCAAUCCGGGCCCUGUGCUCUAUCCACUGUGCCACCUAGCUGCCCCAAUCCUGAUUCUUUCAAGGGUAUUAUCAGAGAGCACACCAAACCUUCUAUAGACCUCUUUCAACCUAUCAGAUGUCAGCAUUUCAAGAUAACUUGGAAGUAAGUGGUGAAAUCUGUUAUAGAUAUUCAGGGUACAUCACAUAGAUGUUAUGCAUUAUUGAUGGUGGGAGUAUCUAAAAUGCCUUUGUAUUAUGGAUAUAAGAAGUAUAACACAUGAGAAAUUUAAUUGGAAAUAUGAGCAAAUGAAGUAAGAAUUGAAAACUUUGCAUAUUCACUUUACCCUUCCCAAAAUGUUAGGAAACAUGCUUUGAAUAAAACUUCAAGCUUGACUGAAAACUUGUAGUAAUACCUAUUCUAUUUGUUUGAGCUAUCAUUUUUUAUGUGUUUUCUAUGUAAUCUGGUUUUGGUGCCCUUAAAGUACUGAUUAUUGGUUAAAACAAUUUUGCUUGCUAGGUUCUCCAUACUUUAUGAUUUGUUGAUUUGUAAAACAUAAAUUAUUUUAAUUUAAUAUUUUGUUGUUUUAUGUGUUUUCAUCCAAUUAUCUAGUAAUCAUUUCAUUCUGUCCUACAAAAACUCAUAGCUAUGAAAAAUUAAGCUUUGUUUCUGUUAGAUGGCUUUUUAUUUCCCUAGGAAGUAUUUUAAGUGCUUUUGAAAUCCCUUUACCUCUCUUUAGUUGUUUCAACUAUACAUAAAGACUAGAAUUUGUGUGUGUGGAGGGGGGAGUUAAACAUUCAAAUAUAGCAAUAUAUUCACUUUUGUCUUGCAAAAAUGUUGUUUAAUUGUUGUAGUUGUUAAUCUUUAAACAUGAUUAAAUAAAAAGUGACUAAAA